AUGGCGGUGCCGGCUCGGACCUGCGGCGCCUCUCGGCCCGGCCCAGCGCGGACUGCGUGCCCCUGGACCGGCUGCGGCCCCCAGCCCGGCCCCGGCUCCCGGCGCCCGGCGUCCGGGCCCCCGCGCCCGCUGUGGCUGCUGCUGUCGCCGCUGCUGCUUCUACCGCUGCUCGCCGCCCCCGGCGCCUCUGCCUACAGCUUCCCCCAGCAGCACACGAUGCAGCACUGGGCCCGGCGUCUGGAGCAGGAGGUCGACGGCGUGAUGCGGAUUUUUGGAGGUGUCCAGCAGCUCCGUGAGAUUUACAAGGACAACCGGAACCUGUUCGAGGUACAGGAGAAUGAGCCUCAGAAGUUGGUGGAGAAGGUGGCGGGGGACAUUGAGAGCCUGCUGGACAGGAAGGUGCAGGCCCUGAAGAGACUAGCUGAUGCUGCCGAGAACUUCCAGAAAGCACACCGCUGGCAGGACAACAUCAAGGAGGAAGACAUCGUGUACUAUGACGCCAAGGCUGACGCUGAGCUGGACGACCCUGAGAGUGAGGAUGUGGAAAGGGGGUCUAAGGCCAGCACCCUAAGGCUGGACUUCAUCGAGGACCCAAACUUCAAGAACAAGGUCAACUAUUCAUACACGGCUGUUCAGAUCCCCACGGACAUCUACAAAGGCUCCACCGUCAUCCUCAAUGAGCUCAACUGGACAGAGGCCCUGGAGAAUGUGUUCAUGGAAAACCGCAGGCAAGACCCCACGCUGCUGUGGCAGGUCUUCGGCAGUGCCACAGGAGUCACUCGCUACUACCCGGCUACCCCGUGGCGAGCCCCCAAGAAGAUCGACCUGUACGAUGUCCGAAGGAGACCCUGGUAUAUCCAGGGGGCCUCAUCGCCCAAGGACAUGGUCAUCAUCGUCGAUGUGAGUGGCAGUGUGAGUGGCCUGACCCUGAAGCUGAUGAAGACAUCUGUCUGCGAGAUGCUGGACACACUGUCUGAUGACGACUAUGUGAAUGUGGCCUCGUUCAACGAGAAGGCGCAGCCUGUGUCAUGCUUCACACACCUGGUGCAGGCCAAUGUGCGCAACAAGAAGGUGUUCAAGGAAGCUGUGCAGGGCAUGGUGGCCAAGGGCACCACAGGCUACAAGGCCGGCUUUGAGUAUGCCUUUGACCAGCUGCAGAACUCCAACAUCACCCGGGCCAACUGCAACAAGAUGAUCAUGAUGUUCACGGAUGGUGGCGAGGACCGCGUGCAGGAUGUCUUUGAGAAGUACAAUUGGCCAAACCGGACGGUGCGCGUGUUUACUUUCUCCGUGGGGCAGCAUAACUACGACGUCACACCGCUGCAGUGGAUGGCCUGCGCCAACAAAGGCUACUAUUUUGAGAUCCCUUCCAUCGGAGCCAUCCGCAUCAACACACAGGAGUAUCUAGAUGUGUUGGGCAGGCCCAUGGUGCUGGCAGGCAAGGAGGCCAAGCAGGUGCAGUGGACCAACGUGUAUGAGGAUGCACUGGGAUUAGGGUUGGUGGUAACAGGGACCCUCCCUGUUUUCAACCUGACACAGGAUGGCCCUGGGGAAAAGAAGAACCAGCUGAUCCUGGGCGUGAUGGGCAUUGAUGUGGCUCUGAAUGACAUCAAGAGGCUGACCCCCAACUACACGCUUGGAGCCAACGGCUAUGUGUUUGCCAUUGACCUGAACGGCUACGUGUUGCUGCACCCCAAUCUCAAGCCCCAGACCACCAACUUCCGGGAGCCUGUGACUCUGGACUUCCUAGAUGCAGAGCUGGAGGAUGAGAACAAGGAAGAGAUCCGUCGGAGCAUGAUUGAUGGCAACAAGGGCCACAAGCAGAUCAGAACGUUGGUCAAGUCCCUGGAUGAGAGGUACAUAGAUGAGGUGACACGGAACUACACCUGGGUGCCCAUAAGGAGCACUAACUACAGCCUGGGGCUGGUGCUCCCGCCCUACAGCACCUUCUACCUCCAAGCCAAUCUCAGUGACCAGAUCCUGCAGGUCAAGUUGCCAAUCAGCAAACUGAAGGAUUUUGAGUUCCUGCUCCCCAGCAGCUUUGAGUCUGAAGGACAUGUUUUCAUUGCUCCCAGAGAGUACUGCAAGGACCUGAAUGCUUCAGACAACAACACCGAGUUCCUGAAAAACUUUAUUGAGCUCAUGGAGAAAGUGACUCCAGACUCCAAGCAGUGCAACAACUUCCUUCUGCACAACCUGAUCUUGGACACGGGCAUCACGCAGCAGCUGGUAGAGCGUGUGUGGAGGGACCAGGAUCUCAACACGUACAGCCUACUGGCCGUGUUCGCUGCCACAGACGGUGGCAUCACCCGAGUCUUCCCCAACAAGGCAGCUGAGGACUGGACAGAGAACCCUGAGCCCUUCAAUGCCAGCUUCUACCGCCGCAGCCUGGAUAACCAUGGUUAUGUCUUCAAGCCCCCACACCAGGAUGCCCUGUUGAGGCCUCUGGAGCUGGAGAAUGACACCGUGGGCAUCCUCGUCAGCACAGCUGUGGAGCUCAGCCUAGGCAGGCGCACACUGAGGCCAGCAGUGGUGGGCGUCAAGCUGGACCUAGAAGCUUGGGCUGAGAAGUUCAAGGUGCUAGCCAGCAACCGUACCCACCAAGACCAGCCUCAGCAGUGCGGCCCCAACAGCCACUGUGAGAUGGACUGCGAGGUUAACAAUGAGGACUUACUCUGUGUCCUCAUUGAUGAUGGAGGAUUCCUGGUGCUGUCCAACCAGAACCAUCAGUGGGACCAGGUGGGCAGGUUCUUCAGUGAGGUGGAUGCCAACCUGAUGCUGGCACUCUACAAUAACUCCUUCUACACCCGCAAGGAGUCCUAUGACUAUCAGGCAGCCUGUGCCCCUCAGCCCCCUGGCAACCUGGGUGCUGCACCCCGGGGUGUCUUUGUGCCCACCGUUGCAGACUUCCUUAACCUGGCCUGGUGGACCUCUGCUGCCGCCUGGUCCCUGUUCCAGCAGCUUCUCUACGGUCUCAUCUACCACAGUUGGUUCCAAGCAGACCCCGCGGAGGCCGAGGGGAGCCCCGAGACGCGCGAGAGCAGCUGCGUCAUGAAACAGACCCAGUACUACUUCGGCUCAGUAAACGCCUCCUACAACGCCAUCAUCGACUGCGGAAACUGCUCCAGGCUGUUUCACGCGCAGAGACUGACCAACACCAACCUUCUCUUCGUGGUGGCCGAGAAGCCGCUGUGCAGCCAGUGCGAGGCUGGCCGGCUGCUGCAGAAGGAGACGCACUCGGACGGCCCGGAGCAGUGUGAGCUAGUGCAGAGACCGCGAUACCGGAGAGGCCCGCACAUCUGCUUCGACUACAACGCGACGGAAGAUACCUCAGACUGUGGCCGUGGGGCCUCCUUCCCGCCGUCGCUGGGCGUCCUGGUCUCCCUGCAGCUGCUGCUCCUCCUGGGCCUGCCGCCCCGGCCGCAGCCUCAAGUCCGCAUCCACGCCUCUCGCCGCCUCUGAGAGCCCCACCCCAUCCCACCCCACCCCACCCCAUCCCACCCCACCC